UGCAAUGGAACAUGAACUCCUCAUAGUCUGGAAACUCAGGUUCACUAUUUUUAGGGUAAAAGGCACAACGAUAUUCCUCAGUCUUCCCUGUGUGGCAUGGGAAGGCCUUCGUCCCGGCUCCCUCUGGGUAAUAAAGGCUCGUCGUUUGUACGAAUGUCCGUCCUCGUUUCACCAGUACCAUGAAGCUUACUACCAUUCUUAUCCUUGGCCUUGCCUCCCUCGCCGGAGCCAAAACAUCACCUAUUGACAAACGCCUAGGAUGCCCAGAGGCAUCGCGGUUUGGCGGCUUCGACGUCACCCCUUCCAAUUUGCAACCUGGCACUGAAUUCACGAUUAAUGCCGAUUUUACAUGCGGCGUGGAAUAUUUUGGCAUCGUUCCGAGGUACACAGAUUUUUACAUUGAAGUACCCGAGAACAACAAUGGAUACGAACCUGACAUCCUGAUUGCCCGUCGAGAGUUUACUUUGCCCUCGCCGCCUUUGCCGCCAGUACUUACAUUCACCGCGCGGUUCCCGUACUACCCAGUUUUCUUCGAAGCGGCUCAGUACAUGAUCGCGUUGGUCAACACUUACCCUAUCAAUGGAACAGAUGGGAGCGAGGUCUUGAUACGGGGUGGAGUAUAUGUGCCUAUUAAUGUUACUUCUUACCUGACCCCCGGGCCAUCCAGAAAAUAAUGGGAAUGGCA